AUGGGUGUAACACUCCCCGAUCUGGAGUUCACUCCCGUUGAGGAGAUCCCCUCACGCGUCUCCACUGCCCGCAAGGCCUUUCUUGAACACAGAACUCGCGAUGUUGAGUUCCGUCUUGUCCAGCUGCGUAAGCUCUACUGGGCUAUCAAGGACAAUGAAGAAGAGAUCGCCGAAGCUUGCACCCUGGAUUUGAACAAGCCGCGCUUCGAGGUCGAGCUUGCUGAAACCGGAUGGUUGUUGAAUGACAUUGUCUUCACCACCCGCAACUUGGAAAGCUGGGUCAAGGAUGAAAAGGCUCAGGAUAUUGAGCUGACCUACAAGUUCAUGAACCCCAAGAUCCGAAAGGAUCCCCUUGGCUGUGUUUUGGUGAUCGGGCCCUUCAACUUCCCCUUCCAAUUGACUCUCGGCCCUGUCAUUGGUGCCAUCGCUGCUGGUAACACCGUCGUCAUCAAGCCUAGUGAGAGCGCCCCCCGCAGCGCUGCCCUGAUCCAGAAAAUCGUCGAGGCUAGUCUCGACCCCGCAUGCUACUCUAUCGUACAGGGUGGCGUCCCUGAAACACAGGCUCUAUUGGCCGAGCGCUGGGAUAAGAUCUUCUUCACAGGUAGCACCAAUGUUGGUCGCAUCGUCGCCAAGGCGGCUGCGCCGCACUUGACCCCCGUUGUGCUCGAGCUGGGUGGUAUCAAUCCCGCCUUCAUCACCAAGUCCGCCGAUCCCAGAUUGGUGGCCCGCCGUAUGCUCUGGGGUAAGCUCCUGAAUGCUGGUCAGGUCUGCACCUCGCAGAACUACCUGUUGGUGGACCAGGCAAUUGUCUCUCAAGUCGUGGAGGAAUUCAAGAUCGCGUACAAGGAGUUCUACCCCAAUGGCGCCAAGGGAUCUGCUGAUUUCUCUCGCAUUGUCAACGCGGCCUCUUUCCACCGCCUGAAGGCCAUGCUUGAUAACACCAAGGGCAAGAUUCUGAUGGGUGGUACUAUGGAUGAGAAGGAGCUUUUCAUGGACCUCACUGUUGUCCAAGUGGAUUCCAUUGAGGAUUCGCUAUGCACACAGGAGAGCUUUGGCCCAAUCCUUACCAUUCUUCCUUAUGAAAACCUCGAUGACGCCAUCAACCUGGCCAACGGUGUCCAGAGCACUCCUCUGGGUAUCUACCCCUUCGGCUCCAAGGCCGAUACCGACAAGAUCAUUUCAUCUACCCGUUCCGGCGGUGUCUCUGUUAACGACGCUGCCCUGCACAUCCCUACCCUUCCCUUCGGAGGUGUCGGCGAGAGUGGUCACGGCGCAUACCGUGGUCGUGCCAGCUUCGAUGUCUGGGUCCACCGCCGCACCAUCACCACUAGCCCCAGCUGGCUCGAAUCUAUCCUUGCCAUUCGUUACCCACCGUAUGAGGGCAAGAUGAAGAUCUUCAAGGCUGCCAGCGGAUUGGUGCCCGAUUUCGACCGCAGCGGUAGCAAGCUGACCUUCGGCUGGUUCCGCUUCUUCUUCCUGGGUGCUGGUAGUGCCAAGGGUGGUGCAGGCCGUGCUGCUACAGUCGCUGCCAUUGCCUACCUCGUGCUUAAGGUCCUGGAACGCCGAUCUUCGAAACUUUGA